GCUCUGGAGGUGGCUUGUACAAGAGACGGCAUAUCCGCACAUUGGUGCGUAGCCCGAAACGUCAACCCUUAUUGUUCCUCGAUAUUUGCAGCGCCUUGGGCCCAAGAAAACCUGAACCAUGCCCUCAUCACAGGAUCUCCGCCGAGCAGCCCGACUCCAUGGUGUGUUUCGAGACAUGAUCUCUGGAAAGCGCACUGUCUGCAGUCCCCAGGAUGCACAGCUCUUCCUCGAGGCCGUUCGGUGCCAGUCGUCACCGAGCCAAUGCGUUGAGCUUCUUGUGUCUAGCUCUUCAGGCAUGGCUGCCAUGAGAGAUGCGGUCAGGGCAGAUCUGUCCCCACAGUUCAUCUUGUCCCAUAUCCUCCCCUUUUUACGUUAUCUUGCAGACCCGAGAGUCAAGGCACUUGUCGACGGACAACUUCUCGAGCAGACGAUUCUAGUGGUUUCUCACCCGCCAACCGUCCUGAAUGCCCUCACCAACCUGUUUACCUCGCGCCAACUUCCAGACCACAGCCUCUACCCUUUUGCUUGGCUCGUUCUCGAGCUCCUUUCGCUUCGCCCGGAGGCCCAUGUGGAUGUUGCAAGUCUCGUCAAGGCCGCCUCAGACGAUCAGCAGCUCCUCAAAGCCCAAGAUCACGCAACUCGAGAGCUAGGAUAUAAGAUCCAGAAAGUCGUUCUGAUUCGGUCCUCCCCAGGCGGGAGCGAUGAGCCCGGUGGCCCUGGCGGACGUCAUGACAACGAUUUCGCUGACUUCCGCCGAAUCCGCAUCUAUCCGACCAGUGAUGAGUUCCUGUCAACCCAGUUGCCCUACUACCGGACAGCCAGUGAGAUCCUCGACACCGAAGUGGACAAGCGGCCGCGCGCCCAUCUCGACAACCAGUUCCGUCUUCUCAGAGAAGACAUGCUGGCCGAGCUUCGCGAAGACAUUCAGGUUGCCACUGGUAAAAAGAAGGGGAAGCAGACUGCGCUGAGUCUGGGCCAAUUCGUUCCAACCGGCAUCGACAUUGGGAACGACACGGCAGGCCGGUACAAGCGGUGCGCCUUGCUGCUGGGAUGUUAUGCAGGCCUCAACUUCUUCGAGAAGAUGGAUCCGACUGCCCGGAAAAAGUUGCUGAGGGAUCAACCAAGCUUCCUGAGGCACCAAACGUUCGGGGUCAUGCGCCGCGGAAAUGAACUCCUCGGGUUUGCAUUUGUCGAUCGAGACGUCGACAAGCUAGCCCAGUGGCCUCCCGUCGUUUCGCUCCAGUUUGCCGAUGACAAUGGACUUCGACGAACCCUUCUUGCACUGAGCCUCCCAGGCCGUGAAUCCGUGCAAUUCGUCUUGGUCGACACCCCCGUCUUUGCCUACGAGCCGGUCCUCCGCGGGCUGCAACGCAUCGCUGACGUGCCAUUGCUCGACCUUCUUGUCUAUCCGCCCUCCGUUGCCGAUUCUGGGUUUGAAGUACCGCGGAAACUGGUCCCGCUUGUGUCCAAACUGGAGAGCAGUGCGGAAAGCUUGGGUCCUACUGGUGUUGUUCGACUGGUGACGCCCACUGGCAAGAUCGAGAUCGACGACUCUCAGCUUGCCGCUCUACUCCUGGCCCUGAAGAGUCCAGUGAGUCUGAUCCAGGGCCCCCCAGGGACUGGCAAGUCCUUCAUCGGCGCACAAAUCGCCCGCUGCAUGUUCGAGGCCGAUCUCCGGAUUCUUGUCUUGAGCUACACGAACCAUGCGCUGGAUCAAUUUAUGGGGGAGGAUCUCUUAGAAGCUGGGAUUCCUGCCGCGUCCAUGGUCCGCCUCGGGUCUUGGAGCAAGUGUACUCCCCAAACGGCGCCCAUGCUGCUGUCAGCACAAAACUGCCAACAUCGUCGCUCCCUGCAUGCUUGGCAGAUCAUCGACGCCUUGAAGCAGGAAGCUGCAUGUGCAGGAUCUCAGCUCGGGGAGGCCUCACAAGCCUUUAUCGACUUCUCCCCCGCUUGGGACGAAAUCUCCGAGUAUUUGGAGUUCACCGAAGGUGGUCAUGCGUUCCUUGAGGCGCUCCGCGUCCCUACCGACAGCCGUGGCCCGGGAUGGAAUCGGGCUGGGAAAGCAGGCAAGAAGGUUCGCACAGAAUAUCUUUACCAGCAAUGGAUCAAGGGUGAUGGCCCGGGGCAGUUCGCCAAAGAACUUCCUGCCACCGCAAAGCCCGUUUGGGACAUGGCACGCGCCGUCCGAUGCGAGCAUCACCAAAAUUGGAUGACCGCUCUUAUUGAGGAACACCUUCAGAGCAUCGAGGACCUCAGCCGUCAGUACAACCAAACCCAGGAGAAGAUCGAAGCCCAAUUCAGUGACAGAGAUGCCAGCAUAUUAGCCCAAAAGAAAAUCAUCGGGUGCACCACGACAGCAGCAGCCAAAUACGACAGCCUAAUCCGAGCAGCCAACCCAGAUGUCAUCCUGAUUGAGGAGGCGGGAGAGAUUCUCGAAAGCCACGUGUUGACGGCGCUUGCAGGAUCCGUCAAACAACUUGUCUUGAUCGGGGACCACAAACAACUCCGGCCCAGGAUCAACAAUUAUGCCCUGUCCGUCGAAAAAGGGGAUGGUUUCGACCUCAACCGCUCCCUCUUUGAACGCCUCAUUAUGCAGGGAGCGCCCCACGCAACCCUGCACAAGCAACACAGAAUGGUGCCCGGUAUUUCGGUUUUUCCGCGCGAGCUUACAUACCCCAAUCUGCUUGACGGGCCCAACACCAGCGGCAGACCCAGAAUCGCCGGCCUUCAGGACCGUGUCAUCUUCCUAAACCAUGGGAAGCAAGAGAACUCGGACAAACAGCUCCCAGACCGACGCGACCCCGCAAUGAAGGAGAGCAAGAGGAAUCUGUUCGAGGCGCAGAUGGUGCUGCGCUGCGUGAAGUACCUUGGCCAGCAAGGAUACGCUUCUGACCGCAUCGUCGUUUUGACCCCGUACCUGGGUCAGCUCCGGCUCUUGCGAGAUCUCUUCUCCAAAAACCAACACGACCCUGCCUUGAGUGAGAUGGACAAGAAUGAGUUGAUCAGGGCCGGCUUGGUGAGCGAAGCGGCAGCAAAGCUUGACAAGAAGCCUCUCCGUAUCUCUACCAUAGACAACUACCAGGGCGAGGAGAGCGACAUCGUGAUUGCCUCGCUCACGCGCAGCAACAAGUCUGGUGACAUAGGGUUCAUGUCCGCCCCGGAGCGGCUCAAUGUCCUCAUCACACGUGCACGCAAUUGCAUCGUGCUGAUUGGCAACAUGGACACCUUCAUGAGGAGCAAGAAGGGGGAGACGACUUGGCAUCCAUUCUUCGACCUACUUAAGGCUCGAGGACACCUUUAUGAUGGUCUCCCUGUCGUCUGCGGCAAGCAUCCGGAGAAGACCGCAUUGCUCAAGGAGCCGAUGGCAUUCGACAAGUUUUGUCCUGACGGGGGCUGUACUGGGCCAUGUGACGCGCCCCUAAAAUGCGGCAUCCACAAGUGCAAAUCACGCUGCCACCGCGUCGUGGACCACUCCCGCACGGAAUGCGACCUACUGGUCGAGAAGGUAUGCGAGAGACAGCACAAGACCAGGGUCAGUUGCAGCAAAGAAAAAGACGGCUGCCACAAGUGUAUCCAGGAGGACAAGGAGAUGGAGCGCAGGGCAAAGAGAGAUCUGCAGCUCGAAGAGGACCGCCGCCAGCGCGAGGAGGCAUACAUGCGCCAACUCAAGGAGAUCCAGGAUGAGCUUGAGCAUCAGCGACGCAUUAACAAGUACGAAGCCGAGGAGGAGCUGCGGAAGCAGACCCUCGAGCAGCAUCACUCCGAGCUGAUUGCCUUGAAAGAUGCGGAGCAGAGACUUCGGCAUCAGAACAAACUUAAAGCAGAGGCUGCAGGCAAAGCCGCCAAAUCUAAGUCAACGGCGCGGACUAACAAAUACCUGACCCCUUCGUCGUCCAAGGAGGGCGACAGGUCCAGCGGAGCACAGGCGGAAUGGGACUUCCUGAAGCAGUUCGAGGGUGCAAAGAGCAAGACAGUAGAUGACUUGAUGGAGAUGAUCGGACUUGAGAAGGUCAAGGAGGAGUUCCUCGCCGUCAAGUCCAAGGUCGACACUGCGUUGCGGCAGGGGAUAUCCAUGGCCUCGGAGCGGUUCAGCUGCUCCAUGUUGGGAAAUCCCGGCACCGGGAAAACCACGGUGGCCCGUCUCUACGCCCAGUUUCUCACUGAGCUCUGCGUGAUUCCUGGCUCAUGCUUCAAGGAGAAUACCGGAGCAGGACUGGCCGACCUGGGCGUCGCCGGGUGCAAGAAGCUGAUCGACGAAAUAUUGAAUGAGGGAGGCGGCGUUCUCUUCAUUGAUGAGGCUUAUCAACUAACCUCGGGUAACAACGCGGGCGGCGGAGCUGUCCUCGACUAUAUCCUUGCCGAGGUGGAGAAUCUCAGGGGCAGAGUGGUGUUUGUCCUGGCCGGAUACAACAAGCAGAUGGAGAGCUUCUUUGCCCACAACCCCGGCCUUCCCAGCCGCUUCCCUGUCGAGAUGACAUUUGCCGACUAUACAGACGACGAGCUGCUCAGAAUACUCGAGCUCAAGAUCAACAAGAAGUACAACCAUGCCAUGGAGUGCGAAGACGGGUUGAGUGGGCUGUAUUGUCGAAUUGUCUCGAGAAGGAUUGGUCGCGGACGCGGGAAAGAAGGUUUUGGCAAUGCCCGCGCAGUUGAGAACGCCUUGGACAGAAUGUCACGAAGGCAAGCGGACCGGCUCCGACGCGAGCGCAAGAGGGGGAUCAACCCUAACAAUCUCUUCUUCACUAAAGAGGACCUCAUUGGACCCGGGCCCGGGGAGGCUCUCGCCAAGUGCGGGGCCUGGAAGAAACUUCAGGGUUUGUGCGGGCUUGCGGCAGUCAAGCAAGCGGUCCGGUCCCUCGUCGACACCAUCCAGCAGAACUACCUCCGAGAACUCGACGAGCAGCCUCCCAUCCAGUACUCGCUAAACAAGGUCUUCCUUGGGAGUCCUGGUACAGGGAAGACCACCGUGGCGAAGCUCUAUGGGGAGAUACUCGGAACUCUUGGAUUACUGUCCAAGGGCGAAGUUGUGGUCAAGAAUCCCUCUGACUUCGUCGGCGCUCAUCUUGGACAGUCAGAACAGCAGACCAAAGGCAUUCUGGCCGCCACCAUUGGCAAAGUCCUCGUCAUUGACGAAGCCUACGGUCUCUACAGCGGCGGUGGCUCAGAGGGCGGCGCGACCUCGGACCCUUACAAAACGGCCGUCAUCGACACCAUUGUGGCAGAGGUGCAAAGCGUGCCAGGUGACGAUCGCUGCGUCCUCCUCCUGGGAUACAAAGACCAGAUGGAAGAGAUGUUCCAGAACGUCAACCCCGGACUGAGCCGACGGUUCCCCAUUGCGUCUGGCUUCUACUUCGUGGACUUUACCGACGAGGAGCUGCGCACGAUCUUCGAUAUGAAAAUCAAGCAGCAGGGAUACCAGGUUACCGAUCAAGCCGCCAACGUUGCCAUGGAGAUGCUGAAGCGAGCGCGAAACAGACCCAGCUUUGGCAACGCAGGGGAAAUCGACAUCAUCCUCGAUGCCACCAAAGCCCGUCACCAGACACGCUUCUCCAAGGGACAAGCCAAAUCGGCCACAUUCCUAGAAGCCCGAGACUUUGACGAAGAUUUUGACCGUGAUGAGAGGGCCGAAACCAACGUCCGCAAGCUGUUUGAGGGAACUGUUGGGUCGGAGCAGAUUGUGUCGUUGCUCGAGGGAUACCAGGACACUGUCCGGACGAUGAAGGUGCUGAACAUGGACCCCAAGGAAAACAUCCCCUUCAAUUUUCUGUUUCGAGGUCCGCCCGGGACAGGAAAGACAAUGACAGCAAGGAAGAUGGGCAAGGUCUUUUACGACAUGGGUUUUCUCGCCUCUGCUGAGGUGGUCGAGUGUUCGGCCACGGACCUCAUCGGCCAGUAUGUAGGACAGACGGGCCCCAAGGUGCAGCAGCUCCUCGACAAAGCCCUUGGCAGGGUCCUGUUUCUCGACGAAGCGUACCGUCUGGCCGAGGGGCAUUUUGCCAAGGAAGCCAUGGACGAGAUUGUCGACUCAGUCACCAAGGACCGCUACUUCAAGAAGCUGGUGAUUAUUUUGGCCGGGUACGAGAAAGACAUCAACCGGCUCAUGUCUGUCAACGCGGGCUUGACCUCUAGAUUUCCCGAGGUCCUGGACUUCCGGCCCUUGUCGGCCGAGGGCUGUGUAACGCUUAUGCUGCAGCUGCUGCAGAAGCAGAAGAACUCGCUAAGAGCCAAGAGCAACAAGGACCUUGACCUGUCUUGCCUGGAGACGCCUGCCGAAGGAUUCAAGCAGGAUUUGCUGCUGAAAUUCGCAAAACUCGCCGGGCAACACAACUGGGCCAGCGCGCGGGAUGUCCAAGCCCUGGCGAGGGGGGUCUUCAACAAGAUGCUCCGCGACAAAGAUGGCCUCGCCAAGGGUUGUCUCUCUCUGACCGAGGGUAUCGUCACCGCCGAACUCGCCGCCAUGCUCAAAGAACGCGCCUUGCGUUCCACCACCAACGCCUCUCAACCUUCGGCCUUCCGCGACAUCCUCCCGCAGCAGUUUCCCUUUGGCCUCUCCAACCCUCCUCAGCUCUCAACCCAGCCCUCCACAUCCCAAGCCCAGCCUACCCAGCCUGACACUGAACCAGACAAGCAAGAUUCUCCCUCCAAUGGCGACAACACCAAGGCCCCGAAUGCCCUCAGAACCGUCAUCCGGCCCAAAACACAGACACCCAUCAACACCAACAGCAGCCACCCGAUACGCGACGCAGGCGUAAGUGACGAGGUUUGGACCCAGCUCCAGCUCGACCGCCAGGCCCAAGACGAGCGCGAGGCAGAGUAUCAGCGCCUCAAACAAGCUGCCAAGCAAGCCACGAACGAGGCGAGAGAGAGGAUUGUCGCACGAUUGCUUGAAGAGGAGGGGCGCCGGCGAAUGGAAGAGGAGGCGAGGCGGAGGUUGGAGGAGAUGGGUGUUUGCCCUAUGGGGUAUGCAUGGAUUCGGCAAGCAGGCGGGUGGAGGUGCGCUGGGGGUUCGCAUUGGAUGGAGGAAGCGGAUUUGGGCCUCUGAGCGUCAUGUAUCUCUGCGCAUGGACGAAGGGAACCAUAUGAAGAAACCGACGAAAUGCCAUGGCUGUGAACGAGUUGGUUCAACUCCAGUUGAUGGCUGGGCUCGAGAUCAGUUAACAUUUCGUGGCCCUCGCUUCUCUCUGCUGAAUGGAGUACAUCUGGACUUGUGAUACUCCCAGAUCUACCUAGGUACAUUCGCUACAGGAACUGGAUCCCGUCGGGAACCUCGAUAUUUACCCAAUCACUUCAGGGUAGCCCCGUCCAUCGGCAGGUGUCUCGAGCAUGGCACGAGAUGGUUCAGCCUUGGCUUGAGAAUGUCUCUCCGGUCCACAUCUCCAUGCCGUGGCGGG